AUGAUUCCCUCUAUUUCACUGGUGGUACUAUUGACUGUGUGGGCUUCCGAUGCCAAAACAAUUCCACAGACAAACAGUGCAUCUCUUGAAAAGGAUAUGAUCAAUCUCGACAUUCAAGUCAUUCAAAGCCAUGGUUAUGGCAAUGAGGAUGUGAAACGACUGGAAUGGGACAAGCACCACAAGAGAGCACGGCGGGGUGCAGAGGACGAGGACACAGACGCAGGUGAACCUCAGUCUACCUUCUCACGGUCUUAUGAGAACGAGUCCACCUCACCCAGAGCUACCCAGUUCGCUAGCUCAACCCUGGACACUGGGGCCACUGGGGCCAACACAGACGUGGAUCAGGGCAACAGCAGCACUACAGAAAGGGGGAUCACCAACAUCCACAACCCUCUGUACCCGGUGACUGACAGUUCCUACACUGCCUACGCUGUCAUGUUCCUGUCCCUGGUGGUGUUCUCUGUGGGGAUUAUAGGGAACCUGGCUGUGAUGUGCAUCGUCUGGCACAACUACUACAUGAGGAGUACCUGGAACUACAUCCUGGCCAGCUUGGCUUUCUGGGACUUCCUGGUGCUCUGCUUCUGUUUACCUGUGGUGGUCUUCAAUGAGCUCACCAAUAAGAGGCUGCUGGGGGACAUCUCAUGCAGAGUGGUACCAUAUAUGGAGGUGACCUCCCUAGGGGUGACAUCCUUCAGCCUGUGUGCCCUGGGUAUUGACCGCUUCAACUCUACCACCAGCUCCCAGCCCAAAAUCCGGCGAGUGGAGAGCUGCCAGUCCAUCCUGGCCAAGCUGCUGAUCAUAUGGCUGGGCUCCAUGGUGCUGGCGGCCCCAGAGCUACUGCUGUGGCAGCUCAGCCAGGCCGUGUCUCCAGCCACAGGGGCCGUGGUGGACUCCUGCACCAUGAACCCUACCUCCAACCUCCCCGAGUCCAUGUACACCCUUGUCAUCAACUACCACGAGUGCCGCAUAUGGUGGUACUUUGGUUGCUACUUCUGCCUGCCCGUGGUCUUCACCCUCUUGUGCCAGUUGGCCACCUGCCACGUGUCCAAUGACAAUAUCCCCCAGCGCCUGGUGGAACGCUCCCCCUCCAAGAAGCAGAAGAUACAACACAGUCAACAGGUGGAGCGCCAGCUCAAUUACACCGUGAUGGCCCUGGCUGUGGUUUACGGCAUCUGCGCCCUGCCGGAGAACGUGUGCAACAUCGUCCUGGCCUACACCGCCAUGCCCAUCUCUGACAACACUGCCACCCUGCUGGCCCUCAUCAACCAGUUCUCCCUGUUCUUCAAGUCGUCGGUGACGCCGGUGCUGCUGCUGUGCCUCUGUAAGUCCCUGAGCCAGGCCUUCAUGGACUGCUGCUGCUGCUGCUGUGAGGAGUGCCAACCCAGUGGCUCACAUUCCCCUGGCACCGAGGCCAAACUCAAGAGUACCAACGAGAUGUCCUCCUCCAUCUUCUUUGACAAAGCCAAGGACAGCUCCGCCAUCCUGUCGAUCAGCGGGUCCAGCUGA